GGCUAGCACGGGGGACGGGGGAAGGGGGGGCCAGCGUGGAAGAUGGCGGCAGUGGUGGAGGUGGAGGUUGGAGGAGGUGCUGCUGCGGAACGGGAGCUGGAUGAGGUUGAUAUGUCAGACCUUUCCCCAGAGGAGCAAUGGAGGGUCGAGCAUGCACGCAUGCAUGCCAAGCAUCGAGGCCACGAAGCCAUGCACGCUGAAAUGGUUCUCAUCCUCAUCGCUACUUUGGUGGUGGCUCAGCUGCUCCUGGUACAGUGGAAGCAGAGGCAUCCACGCUCCUAUAACAUGGUGACCCUCUUUCAGAUGUGGGUUGUUCCCCUCUAUUUCACAGUGAAGCUACACUGGUGGAGGUUUCUAGUUAUUUGGAUCUUCUUCUCUGCCGUCACAGCCUUUGUUACCUUCCGAGCCACACGAAAACCUCUAGUACAAACAACUCCAAGGUUGGUUUAUAAAUGGUUCCUGUUGAUCUAUAAAAUCAGCUAUGCCACUGGCAUUGUUGGCUACAUGGCUGUCAUGUUUACCCUCUUUGGACUUAACUUAUUAUUCAAGAUUAAACCAGAAGAUGCUAUGGAUUUUGGCAUUUCUCUCCUGUUCUAUGGCCUCUACUAUGGAGUUCUUGAGCGGGACUUUGCAGAAAUGUGUGCAGACUACAUGGCAUCUACCAUAGGGUUCUACAGUGAGUCAGGCAUGCCUACCAAGCACCUUUCAGACAGCGUGUGUGCCGUGUGUGGACAGCAGAUCUUCGUGGACGUCAGUGAAGAGGGCAUCAUUGAGAACACGUACAGACUGUCCUGCAAUCAUGUAUUCCAUGAGUUUUGUAUCCGUGGCUGGUGCAUCGUGGGAAAGAAGCAGACAUGCCCCUAUUGCAAAGAGAAGGUAGACCUGAAGAGGAUGUUCAGCAAUCCCUGGGAGAGGCCUCACGUCAUGUAUGGACAGCUGUUAGACUGGCUUCGCUACCUGGUGGCCUGGCAGCCUGUCAUCAUUGGCCUGGUGCAAGGCAUCAACUACAUCCUGGGGCUGGAGUAGUCAGGGAGCGCACCCAUGGAGAAGCCACCCCACCUGCCCUGGACCUCAGGGCGCUCUCCUCGCUGCCCACGAAGACCUCCCGCGUGGGAAAGACUCACAGGGGUGCUCGGGUCACUCAGGACCUCUCUGGCUGUGUCCCGGCUGGGGAGGGAUACGAUGGAGAACCAGCCGAUGGGGCUGUCAACAGUGGUGGGGGAGGGGCUUUUUAAAAGAAAACUAUUUUGAUGAAUAUAUUUAAAAACCUUUUUUAUUGUGGAGCAGAGGAGUUACCCCCUCCAGGCCUCCCCGAGCCCGAGAGGGGCUGGGGCAGAGCCAUGAUGUUUUCGGUUUAAAGAAGCCUCUCACCUCCGGCUGAGAGCACUGUUGGUUCUCAGUAGCUGAGAACCUUCGCCUGCGUGUUCCCCUCUUUCCUCCCCUUCCCUUCGCUUUCCUUUCCUCCCUGUUCCUUCCCUCUGUGGGGUUCGAGUGUGGUGCGCUCGGUGUGGAAGAGUGGAAAAGCUCAGGCUGGUGCCAUGGAUGAGCGCUAAGGGGACCUCCUUGCUGCCCGGUCCAGGAGUUAGGAUGGGUGUUGUUUGAUUCUGUCUCCCCGUCCGGGAGCUAAGCACAGAGUGGGGCACGCAGGACCUCAUCAGUCACGUUUCCAAGGGAAGCCCUGGGCCUCGAGAUUCAUUGGUGAAGCAUUUGGGGAUAACUGAAACAGCAGCACGGGUAGCCUGCCCCGGAGUGGGCCGUCUUCAGCGAGGAAUAGAAGCCAUCUGUAUUGAGUUGGGCUUUGGGGGCAACUCUUGGCAGCAGUGGUUGCAGGCCUCUUGCACAGGUUGAUUCGUCAGUGAGGGUAUGUGCCAAAGGCCAGUGUGCACGUCACUUCCUUCCUGAUAGCCCGAGUAAGGGGGGCGUGUAUGUGUGUGUGUGGAGUGGGACUAUGACUGUCAGUCACCACAGUGUCCCUGAAGCUACUGAGGGAUUCCCAGGGGAGGAAAUAGCCACACGGGAGCUCCAUUGUUCAUGAGCCCUGCCUGGGCAACGGCGACGUCGUGAGACUGGUGGGCGGGUGGGAAGGCAGAUGAGGCCGAGGUGAGCACGGGUUUCACAUAGGGGCUUCCAGGCAGAAGCCACUAGGAGUUUGGAAGUGGGGGGCACCAGCACCCAUCACUGCUGUGCUUCAAGGGAAGAUGGCCCAGGGUGUCUGCCCAUGCAGGGGCAGUAUCUUGUCACUUGUGUGAAUAAAGCUCCAUGAGCUGGGUUGGAAAGUCGAACAUCCA